AUGGCCAAGGACGUGUUUUCCGUGCCCGUGUUCCUCGUCGUCUUCCGGGAGACGCUCGAGACGGUCAUCAUCGUCUCCGUGCUGCUGGCCUUUCUCAAGCAGACCCUGGAUGGCCCCGACAAAGACGUCAAGACGUACAACGCCUUGCGAAAACAGAUUUGGCUCGGCGUGGCCGCGGGCUUUCUGGUCUGCAUGGUUGCCGCCUCUGCCCUCAUCGGCGUCUUCUACACCGUCGGCUCCAACGGGUGGGACGCCAACGAAAACUACUACGAAGGCGCCUUCUGCCUCUUUGCCGCCGUCAUCAUCACCGUCAUGGGCGCUGCUCUCCUCCGCAUCGGCAAGAUGCAGGCCAAGUGGCGCCUGAAGCUUGCCAAGGCGGUAGAGUCUCCGGUCAAGGCAGGGUCCCGCGGCUGCUUCGCCCACUUUCUCGAAAAGUACGCCAUGUUCUUCCUGCCCUUUGUCACGGUGCUCCGCGAGGGCAUCGAGGCCGUCGUCUUCGUGGCCGGCGUGACCUUUUCCGCGCCUGCCUAUGCGGUGCCUCUGCCUGUCGUGGUCGGCCUCCUGGUCGGCGGGCUCGUCGGCUGGAUUCUGUACAAGGGCGGGUCCUCUGCCAAGCUGCAAAUCUUCCUGGUCGCGUCAACGUGCCUCCUGUAUCUCGUCGCUGCCGGCUUGUUCUCCCGAGGCGUCUGGCACUUGGAGGCCCAGAAGUGGAACGAAGCCAUCGGUGGCGAUGCCGCGGAAACGGGUAGCGGGCCUGGAUCGUACGACAUCGACCAGAGCGUCUGGCACGUAAAUUGCUGCUCACCUACGGCCGCCAACAACGGCGGCUGGGGCGUCUUCAACGCAAUCCUGGGGUGGCAAAACUCCGCCACCUACGGAUCCGUCAUCUCGUACAACCUUUACUGGAUCUUUGUUAUGCUCUGCUUUGCCGCUAUGCGGUUCAAGGAGACAAAGGGUCACUGGCCGCUUGUCAAGGCCAGGCGCGCCUCUCGACCCGACCUUUCGCAGGCCGAUAGCACGAGCCAGGAGGGAGGUGUCGUUGAAAAGACCCCCGGCGUGAAAGAGACGGGCACUGCCAGCGCCUAG